AUGUUCUCCUCUACAAACAGCUCUUACUCCUCUAGCAUCUCCUCCGGCCCUCCCUCCCCAUAUCAACACCCUCAACCCACUUCAUCACUCUCGCUGAACUCGCAGCGCCGCCGGAACCCCAUGCCUGCCAAGUACCCCCGGUUUUAUGCAUCCCCGUUGGACGAGGGCACCGACUCAACCCCUCUACAAGUCUAUGGCCAUGAACAACGCGAACCCUCAAUCUACGGCAAGCCAACCAAGCUCCUCCACCGGGUAUCGCACGCUCUAGGCGAUAUCCGCGAGGACUUCACGCUGCAGUUGGACCCCCUUAAGCGCCGCUCGACCGUCUUCUUCGAGACACCAAUCUCCCCAGCAAGUCCAGAAGUCCCCAUGACCUCCGCCGGCCCGCGGUCGCGACCCAUGUCCAUCAUCUCCUACGACGCCAUUGCAGCUCCAUCCAGACGACUGAGCCAGCGACUGACACGCCGCUUGUCGGUCUUUUCUUCACGGGGCAAGCCUGCUGGUCACACUGGAGCUAGCAUCUCCUCGCCUAACCUUAUCGGUUCCUCGACUCAAUAUGGCAACCGAAGCCAAAAUUCGUUUAUUUAA